AUGGCUAACGACGAUAAAAAACAUUCAAAAUCAACUAGUGAUCAUGCAAAGAAAAAUUUAUCAAAACCAAAAGGACGUUCAUUUUGUUGUUCAAUAUUUAUCUAUACCUUUGUUUUUGUUUCUGGUGUUAUUGUUGCAACCAUCUUACCUGAUUUAGCUGGCCACCAUUUUAAACAACCUUAUGGAAAAGAAUAUGGAGUUAUGGCUGAAAAAUUAUUUAAAGAUUUACCAAAACAUUUAACAACAUUUAGUGAAACAGCUGUAGUUAUUGGCCGAGAUUUCGCCGAUCGUCUUUGGGAUCUUAAAGCUGAAGUUGAACGACGAAUUGCAGAAAUGAGUAAUAAAAAAGAUGAUACAAUCAAAACUAAAACAUCCACUCAACGUUCAACAACUGGAAAUAAAGCUGCCCAUGAUCAUGAUCAUAGCCACAAAGCACGAACACAUGAUGCAAAACAAGCCUCAGCUUCAGGAAACAGCCGACCAACAAAAAACAACGAAUUCUAA